AUGGAAAUUGUGGAAGGCUUUCAAGAUAGUGUUGAUAAUGAUAAAAAUAAUCUAAAUCGUGAAUUCGUAGGAAAGGUGAAAAUUAUUCUUGUCGAUUCACCUAAAAAAGUUUAUCUUUGCAGAAGGUGGGCUGCAGCCUUCGUUACACUAUCACAGACGCUGAUUGGAGCUACGAAUAUAAUAAUACUAUUUUAUGUGUUGAGUUUUAAAUCGGAAAUAUUAACAAAUUUGCAUAUAUUUUUGUGCACUAUUGGCUUUCAGUUGCUUGUACCUUCAGGAAUAUUUAGUUUUAGUUAUUACAACGGAUCAACUAUUCCAAUGAGCGAGAAGGAAAAGAAGUUUGAACAUAUAUUUCUAGAAACUGUUGGUAUUUUAUGUUGCAUACUUGGAUCAACUGCAAUAAUUUUAGAAACUGAAUUUAGACUAAAAACAACUGUACAUGCAAUUACAGGUGUUAUAGCAAGCUGCCUAAUUCUACUAAGUGUGUUCACCGGGACGUGUACUAAUGGUCACGGAGUUUCCAAGAGGAUUAUGAAGUGUAUCCACGUUGUAACUGGAGUAUUUGGCUUUCUUGCGUCAUCGUUAUGUUUCGUUUUGGGCCUAUUCAGACCUUCAGUUGAAAAAUGGGUCCCCGUGUCAAGUGUUAUACCAUUUUUAGUAAUAUUUUGCAUUUUGUAUACAACUGCUGUUGUUUUAUCGCCUUUGAAAAACUGUAUGAAAGGUUAA